ACAAAGCGAUUUGUAGAUGAUUUCUCACUCUGCACAAUGAUGAACCCCAUUUCCAUAGUUUUAUCCUUUUUCUCAAAAUCUGUUGUGGAGUCAAUAUCAAAACCCCAAGAUGGUUACUAGUGUUUCUUUUGCUGUCAGUGUAACUGCUUUUCACUGCUGACAAAAACCACGCCAAAUUUCUAACUACAUAAGUUCCUAGUAUUAAACCAAGUGUUUUAUUCCAGAAAGGAACAAGAGCAGGACACCUGAGAAAGAAGAGAGAAUUUCCUUUCUUCUUCCAAGAGGACUCUUUUCAAGGCUUCAAGCGCCCACAACUACGGAAUGAUCUCAGCAAGUAGAGAAUUCCAACGUCUUUGAUCAAUCCACCCUUGACAUCUAAUGGUCCUGAAGAGACUCCCAGUCCAUCUCUCUUAAACAAGGAUUCCUUAUUUUGCUUUUACAAGUUUCGAUCGGCAAAACAUGAAAGAGCCAGUUGUUUUGUUCUUAGCAAUCUUUCUGCUUUCAUUAAUCACGGCUCAAGCAUCCAAGUGCAACCGGUCAUGUGGCGACCAGACUGUUCCUUAUCCAUUUGGAUUCUCUGCCGGCUGCCAAAUCCCUCUAAACUGCAGCUCAAGUAGCCAGAAGCUUAUCGCCGGUUUUCCAAUCCUGACCAUAAACGCUGAUCGCAUAAAAAUCAGCAUUGAAGCCACUUGCAACCGUCCACUCCAAGCCCUUCACCGCCUUUAUGGCCCCAAUUACGCGCCAACAUCUCGGAACGCAAUUCUGUUGCAAAACUGCACCUCGCCAGCGCCAUGCAUGAUACCAUCAACAAUGGUUUACACUCAUUUCGAGGCCCUUGCUUGCUCUCCUGACAGCAGCAAUAUAAGUUGCUAUUCAGAAAACAAUGUUAACGGUUUCGCUGAUUACACCAAGGUGACUCGAACCAACUGCAAGUCAUUUUUAUCGUCCAUAUCAGCAGAAUCUUUCAAUGAAUCAGCAGUCCUGGAGGUCCGGGUGGUUGAGCUAGGGUGGUGGCUUCAAGGACAGUGCUCUGACUUCUGUUCCGAAAAUGCAAUUUGUGAUGAAAUUGUUUCACCGUUUAGUGGAAAGCCAGGAUUCCGUUGCAAAUGCAAACAUGGGUUCACAGGCGAUGGAUAUCGUGCCGGCGAUGGUUGCCGGAAAGCACCUUCAGAUUGCAACCUUGCAAGAUACAUUUCAGGAAAAUGUGGAGGAACGACUAGGGUCGCUGUUUUGGUUGGAGGCAUUGCAGCUGGAGCUUCUUUAAUGAUCUGUGCAGUUCUACUAUGCUGCUUUGUGCAGAGGCAAUCCAAUUCAAAAGCCAGACACAGCACAAAACGCUUCCUAUGCGAAGCUUCAGACAUCAGCAUUCCAAUAUAUACAUACAAAGAAAUAGAGAAAGCUACAAAUAGUUUCUCAGAGAAACAAAGGCUUGGAACUGGGGCCUUUGGAACAGUCUAUGCAGGAAAACUCCAUAACAAUUCAUGGGUUGCUAUUAAAAGGCUAAAGCAUAGAGAUACUGAUUGCAUUGAACAAGUCAUGAAUGAGAUCAAGCUAAUUUCAUCUGUCAGCCACCCAAAUCUAGUGCGGCUCUUGGGUUGCUCCAUAGAAAACAGUGAACAGAUACUUGUGUAUGAGUUUAUGCCCAAUGGAACUUUAUGUCAGCACCUACAAAGAGAGAGGGGUGAUGGACUUGCCUGGCCAGUUCGCCUUACAAUUGCUGCUGAAACUGCACAAGCUAUUGCUCAUCUGCACUCUGCCAUAGAUCCCCCAAUAUACCACAGAGACAUCAAGUCCAGCAACAUACUCCUAGAUUACAAUUUCAGGUCCAAAUUAGCAGAUUUUGGUCUUUCUAGACUUGGAAGGACUGAAAUAUCCCACAUCUCAACCGCCCCUCAAGGAACUCCAGGAUACCUUGAUCCUCAGUACCACCAAAACUUUCAUCUUUCAGACAAAAGCGAUGUUUAUAGUUUUGGGGUAGUUCUUAUUGAGAUCAUAACAGCACUAAAAGUCGUGGACUUUUCUAGGCCUCCAAAUGAAGUAAACUUGGCUGCUGUUGCUACUGACAGAAUCAGCAAAGGGCGUUUAGAUGAGAUCAUUGACCCUUUAAUAGAGCCAAAUAGUGAUUCUUGGACAUUAUCUUCAAUCCACAAGGUGGCAGAGCUGGCUUUCAGAUGCUUAUCAUUUCACAGGGACAUGAGACCUACAAUGAUGGAAGUAGCAGUAGAAUUGGAACAAAUCAGGCUAAGUAGGUGGGUUCCUGCAGAAGAAAUUACUUGUGCAGCUUCAUCAGAAGUAUCUCCUUGCUCUUCCUCAUCCAAUCUAAGCGAGCGACCGCUAAGCACGGCAGUUAAGACGGCUGGACUCGAGAAUAGAGGCCUAUUUAUGCUUCAGAUGUCUAAUGUCGGUUGUGUGAACUCGAUGGAAAGAUUGAAGGACAAUUCACCCGUAUCAGUUCAAGAUCCAUGGUUAAGUGAACAAAGCUCGCCUUCAUCCAGCAGUUUGCUAAAUAAUGUAACCCAUUAACCCGGAAGUCACUCUUUCUUCAGAUUUCAACUUCAUCUCCUACUGUUUAACACUUGGUUUCAUCAAUGCAGUAUUCCACAGUUUUGUUCUUUCCCCACGGUUUCUUAGAGUCAUGCCCUACUGUAUGUUUAUAGACACUGCAGAAACUGUUCCCCUUAGCUUGACUUGUAUCCAUUCAUGAAAGCUCAAAAUGUUGGAAUCUAUUGUUAUUAUUAGGAUUUAUUUGCACCUUCCUUGGGCCUUGAA